AUGAGAGCCUAAAAUCAUCCACUAAUUCACAAUCCAACUUUGCCAACACUUUAGAAUUUCGAAGAUCCAAUUGAUUAGACUAAUUUAUAUUAUUUAAAUGGAGCAUCUCAAGAAAGAAUUGUUUAUCCUUUCACAUAAAGAAAUAAGGAUAAAACAAAAAACUAGAUUAGAAACAAAUAUCUGGACCCUGAGAAUAAUAAAAAAAUGGCAUUUUUUGAAUAGUUACAAAAACAUCAAUAAUAUUAAGCAAAGAUUGAUAAAACUGUCUAAUACAUUUCAUCCUCAAAGAAAGAACCAAUUUAACAAUCAGUUAGUUCAAAUAAGGGAUUAUACAAAAACACAAGUUUCAAAGGUUCUGAAAGGAAUAGGAAUUUAAGUCAACGAACUGAUUUAACUCCUCAGUCAGUGAAGGAACAAUGCAUUAUUGAAGAGAUUGUAUAAAAUCAAGAUCUUAUUUCAAAACAAAAGGGCCUAUUGGAAAAAGUUUAGGAUCUUAAGAAAUUAAAAUUAUUAAAGUAAUACAAAUUCAAUCAUUAUUACCUACCUGGUGUUGGCAAAUCCCCCUACAUAUUCAACGAUACUCAUUCGAAAUGUACCAAUCCAGGGUAUUCCAGGAAUAUAGAAGGAGGAAAGUUUUUCACUAGGUGA